AUGGCGACGCACACACUCAUUCCUCUCGACAACCUCCUCGGCGCUGGGUUCGUUGGGAUUCUUGCCUCUGCUGUCGUGUUCGGCAUUACUUGCCUGCAGAUCUACCUCUACUACACGGAGCAUGCGACGCGCGAUUCGAGGAAGUUCAGGGCGUUCAUGGGCUUGCUCUUCGUCGCGGAUGGGCUGCACCUCGCCUUCCUCGCGGCCGCGUACUAUCAUUACACGGUAACAAGCUAUGGCAUGUACUUGGCCUUGGCUCGGCCGCAUUGGACUCUACUGUCCUCGAUAUUCCCUGGCGUCAUCGUCAGCUACUCCGUGCAAAUCUGCUAUGCGGGUCGAGUAUAUCUUUUGAACAAGCGCAGCCGUUGGAUAGCUGCACUCAUCGUUGCACUUGGCUUCAUCAAAUUCGGUAAUGAUAUCGUCUUCUUUGGGCUAGCCCAGCGACAAUGCUCAUACGAUAUCCUUACGCAGUACUGGGGAUCAUGUAUGCGGCUGUGGGAAUUAUCAAGAAAGUCCCGUUCACCGAUGCGCGUACGCUGGAGGUCUACUCAGUGGGCGGGCUCAGCGCAGACAUCGCAUGCGAUGCGGUCAUAA